AUGCGCCUCGUUUCCGUACUGCGAAGACUCAAAACUAUCAGGCAGACGGCGGCAUCGUCCUUGCAGCAGCACGUCACCGCCGUGCAAACUCCAGAUGGCGUGCCGACUGUGCGUGCCUACGGCAUGUCUGCCUUUUUUAUAGAUCGCAUGCACGAGCUCAUCGAUGACAACACGUCGAGCAUCUGGCACAUGACACUGUGCCGCGUCAUGAUGGAUCUUCAGCUCGGGAUGUUGGGUGCCCUCUUCGUCACGUCGUCGUGCUUGGCAGUCUGUCUGGCCGGGGCGGACGCCGGUACGGCUGGCGUUGCGCUGUCCUUUGCUAUGCAGUUCAAUGCCACGAUGGCUGGCUUUCUCAAGAGAAUAGCCACUGUGGAGUCUGGUCUGAGUAGCGUGGGUAGGAUUGCCGAGUACAGCAGAGUUCCUCAGGAGCCGUCGUCGGGGAUUGAUGUGCCAGAGUCUUGGCCGUCGAAGGGUGGUAUCCAAGUGAAAGGCUUGACGGCGGGCUAUCACCCGGGCCUACCUGCUGCUUUGAAUGGUGUCACGUUUUCUAUCAAGCCUCGUGAACGGGUUGGUGUCGUGGGACGAACAGGGGCGGGCAAGUCCUCGCUCACGCUGGCGUUGGCGAGACUGAUUGAUCUCCGACAGGGGAGCAUAGCGAUCGACGACAUCGACAUCUCCACGGUCAAGCUCAACGUGCUACGCCGUCGCAUCCUCAUCAUCCCGCAGGGCCCUCAUCUUUUCGCCGGCUCCCUACGCUCGACGCUGGAUCCUCACGGAACACACGAUGACGGGACGCUCAUAACGUUACUGAAGCGACUCCGGCUCCACGCCACCACCGGCGAAGACGGCACGGACAUGCCGUUCACAAACCUGUCAUUCACGAUCGAAGACGGCGGGCGCAACAUCUCGCAGGGGCAGCGCCAACUCCUCUGUCUGGCCAGCGCUCUUCUGUCCCGCAAGAGAAUCGUCAUCAUGGACGAGGCCACGAGCGCGCUGGACAUGGAGACUGACGUGGCGAUCCAGGCGGCCAUCAGGGAGGGGUUGCCCGAUGCGACUGUCGUGGUGGUGGCGCAUCGCCUGGCUACGGUUGCGGGGUUUGACAAGGUGCUUGUUCUUGAGGACGGGAGGGCGGUGGAGUUUGGUGAGCCGAGGGAGCUGUAUCUGCGGAGGCAGCAUUUCUGGAGGCUGGUGAGGUGUAGCUCGGAUCAGGAAGAGUUGGCGGAGAGGAUCAUGGGUGGUGAGUCCUCUCGCAAUAGUUGUGAGUGA